ACGUGAUCUCACACGGACUCCAGCACGGAAGGACUUUGUUAUUUGUGAAGCUUCCUGGUGUUAAAGCAGCCGCGUUCGGACCAUGGCCAGCUUCAAUGGGUCGUCGGGCAGUGGGGACAAUCGGAGGGUAGCGCCGGGCUCGAACAAUGAAACUUUACGCAGACAAUCAGGAGCUAUCAUGCGAAGGUUUGUUCUGGAGACAAUCCAGGAAGAGGAUCCAGAAGUGCAACUAAGCCCAGAGGAUGUCGGUGGGGUCGCAAGUGAAAUUAAUGAGCCGGGCAUUAAGGAGAUAUGUAAAAGUUUAAAGAAAAUUGGUGAUGAGUUGGACAAAAAUACUGAACUUCAACAUGUAAUCGAUGUAAUUCCCAUUGACGACAUCCGAGAUGUAUUGCAUCAAGUAGCUGUGAAGAUAUUAACUGCAGAAGACUUGAACUGGGGACGAAUUGUGACCUUCCUCUAUUUUGCUGGCAAGCUUGUCUUUAAAGCCCUAAAAAGUGCGAAAGCCUUGAUUCAACAGAUAAUAAACUGGUCUUUAGAUCUGAUUCAAGUCCGUGUGAUCCCAUGGAUUGAGCAACAGGGUGGAUGGGAGACGAUCUUUUCAUACUUCGGGAAUGCAACGUGGCCAACAUUCGUCGGCUUCUCUGCGGGCGUAAUCACUGGCAUUUUGGUGUUUUUGAAACUGACCUAAGGUCAGCACUCCAGUUUGAUUUUGAGUGAUUGCUUCCUAUAGAAAAUACAGACUGCAACAUUCAGUGGUUCACGAGGGAAUGUCUGCAAAGAUCUGUUACACUUGAAACGAUUGUUAAUAACGGAUAUGCUCAAUAUUGGAGAACUUUACAUAUAUCCUUGUUACAUGAUUUAAUUUUAUAUACAGCUUUUAUGAAUUAUUUUAUGGAUUUUUCUGUCUACGGUGGAUCACUUGUUCCAAGAUGUUUAUAUUUUGCGGAAUUUGUAUUAAAAAUCUUUUUAAGUA